AUGGGGUCAGCAAAAAAGCCAGCAGCCACGGCUGGCCCGAGUGCAAAGGCGCUCAGGGAGGCGGAUUUGGUUAUGGGGACGAACAAUAGCAGCAUCGUAUCGAAACGAAGCGUCGAGAUGCUCUAUUACCCUAAGCCCCAUUUCUUCCAAUACUUUGUCAAAAAACCACUGAGACGAUCGCCUGUGAUCAACCGCGGAUACUGGCUGCGCAUGUAUGCGAUGAAAGAGUCGGUGCGACGCUUUAUGAAAGAGCCAUCGGAUAAACCCAAAUUCGUCCUGAGCCUGGGAUGUGGAUUUGAUCCGCUUCCGUUUAUGCUUCUCAGCGCCGAAGGUCCAUUGUGUAGAGAUACAACGUUUGUGGACAUCGACUAUGAGAAGCUGAUGCUCAAUAAGAAAACCGCAAUCCAUGGAACCCCGGAGAUCACAGAACUUCUCGAGAAUGUAGAGUUUCUGCCCGACGAGAGUGCAGUGCAGGUGCGCAGUGAUCGGUACAAGGCCAUAGGCUGUGAUUUGAGAAACCUGAAGAAGCUGGAGGAUACUUUGAAUGCUGAAGUUUUCCCUUCUUCUGAAUGCUCGAUCCUGUGUCUGGCAGAGGUCUCUUUGACAUAUAUGGACGUCAAGUCGGCCGGUGCUGUCGUCAACUGGGCUUCCAAGCUGAGUAGCGAUGUGCAAUUCUGCAUUUUGGAACAGUUUUUCCCUGACGGCCCAAACCAUCCGUUUGCAUCGACCAUGAUGAAGCAUUUCAGCAAAUGCGGUGCACCCUUGCAUUCAAUUCACGAGUUCCCCUCGCUGCAAGAACAGGAACAGCGGUUCAAGAAUGCAGACUGGGCUCAAGUACGGGCAAGAAGUCUCUGGGACCUGUGGUCAGAUGACGACUUCCUUAGUCCUUCGACAAGAAUAUCCCUCGAUGACAUCGAACCAGUUGACGAGUCCGAGGAAUUCUCGCUCUAUGCCUCCCAUUACUUCCUUUUACAUGCAUCGACACGGCAACCCGAUUCAAACGGGGAAUCAACACCAGACCAAGAGGUUGACUCAAAGUAUAACGCAUCUAAUGAUUUCAAGUUACUGCCUCACUGUCCCCCGGGAGUUGGCCAGCGAAGAUUUGGCGUUCUGAUCCCGGACAGCGAGAAAUCCAUAGGCUACCACGGAGGAUUAGGCCGUCAGACUCGGCUUGCAACUACAGACCUUUAUGCCACAUCCAAGGAGACCACAAGCCCACUUCAGACCUUCCCAUCACGGGAUAUCUCUGCACGGAUGUGCCAUACAGCAACGACUCUCGGUAACGGCAACUGUUUGCUUGUCGGUGGCAGAACCUCUCCAGCGGCGGUCCUCCAGGAUUGCUGGCUCAGACAAGAUAACAAAUGGAGCGCCGUUGACAGCCUUGCGACACCUCGGUUCAGACACAGUGCAACUAAAGUGACUCUGAAAUCUGGCACUGAAGGCGUCCUGAUUUAUGGAGGAAAAACCAAGGAAGGCCAGCCCUUGGACACUUGGCUGCUCUGGAGCAACAACGGAAACGGAUGGCAAACAGUCGAGACAAACGCCCCGAAACCAAGUGCCCGUUUUGGGGCUUGUCUUGGAAACCUCAGCAGCACAUCUGGAGUUGUCUUUGGAGGAAUCGGAGCCGACAGGACUGUCCUGGAAGAUUUCUGGACGUGGAAUCUGUCGCAGAAGAGUGACGGGACCUUCUUUUUGGAUCUGAAAGACAUCACACAGGAAUUCCGAGCUACUUCGCCAUUGUUCAAAUACAUCAAUCGGUUCGCUGCCACAGUCAACCAAACCUCCUGGGGACUGGUCAUUAUUGGUGGUAUCAUGCCAAGGCAGAUUAUUCCCCACGAUAAGGUGAUCAUGCUACUCGAUUCCACAGAGCUCCUAAACAUCCUGAAUGGCGUCAAGCCAUGGAACGACUGCCUCAUUUCCAGCAUAGGCCUCGGUGCUGAAUUCCACGGCCCAAGACCCCUGUUGACAGGCCAUGCCUCGUGCGCGACUGAUCCGAACCAGGUCUUGAUCCUGGGCGGCGGGGCUGUUUGCUUUGCCUUCGGAACGUUCUGGACUGAGGGAACCUGGUUGCUGAAGAAGCGCUCCGAUUCGACUCUGGAAAAUACAUGGGAACUGAUGCCCGAAAGCUCUUCUGCCCGAUUUCAACAAGUGUUGGCGAAUGGAAAACCGGUGGUCAUUAAGGGAUCUGAUAUUGGGCCUUGUACUGAGCGCUGGAACAAAGGAAUACCUGGCCAGCACCGUUGGCAGCGAUCGCAAGUACACGCUGGUGGCCGCCAAUACCUCCAAACCAUCUCUGCUGAUCAGCCAUCAAAACUGCCUGCUGAUCUGGCCGCGGAAUUCCCGGGAUUGAAGGAUGAUUUUCGGCUACCAGAGCAGCUGUCAAUAACAGCCGAGAACGUUCAGGGCUCACCCCUGAGGAUAUCAGGGUCAGUUGGCAUGUGGCUUCAUUAUGAUGUUAUGGGAAACGUCCUGUGUCAAAUCCGUGGCGAGAGAGGACUCGUCAUCUUUCCCCCUGGAGAUGUGCAAUAUUUACAUGUCCCCGUCGGGGCCUCGAGUUCCCCCACCGACAUCUUUCAGGAUGACGAAGCCGGGUCCAUUCUUUCCAUCCCAAUCACGUCUCCUCAGGAAGUCACUUUGAAACCCGGCGACAUUCUACUCAUCCCUCCUCCCCUAUGGCUACACACGGCAUCUCCGAAUAAACAAGUCAGUGUUGCGGUGAACGUUUUCUUUCGCAAUCUUGACAAGGGCUACGCAGCCGGUCGGGAUGUUUACGGGAACCGCGAUUUGCAGGCGUACGAGAAGUGCAGAAAUGAUGUGCAGAAGAUUGCAUAG